GGCCGCUCCGAGGUGAACCGCGCGGAGACAAGCUCGCGGCGCUGGGAGGCCGGGCGCGCUGCCGCUAUGAAUUCUGCCGAGCAGACCGUUACGUGGCUCAUUACCUUGGGGGUGCUAGAGUCUCCCAAGAAAACCAUCUCGGACCCAGAGGGCUUCCUGCAGGCGUCUCUGAAGGAUGGAGUGGUCCUCUGCAGGCUGUUGGAGCGCCUGCUGCCCGGGACCAUUGAGAAAGUCUACCCGGAGCCCCGGAGCGAGAGCGAGUGCCUGAGCAACAUCCGCGAGUUUCUGCGAGGCUGCGGGGCCUCCCUGCGCCUGGAGACAUUUGAUGCAAAUGAUUUGUAUCAGGGGCAGAAUUUUAACAAGGUCCUCAGUUCCUUAGUGACUCUAAAUAAAGUAACAGCAGACAUUGGACUGGGAAGUGACUCUGUGUGUGCCCGGCCCUCGUCUCAUCGGACAAAGUCCUUUGACUCCCUGGGAUCCCAGCCUUCCCACAGUCGGACUUCAAAGUUGUUCCAGGGCCAGUAUCGAAGUUUGGACAUGACCGAUAAUAGCAACAAUCAACUAGUAGUGAGAGCAAAGUUUAACUUCCAGCAGACAAACGAAGAUGAGCUUUCCUUUACCAAAGGAGAUGUCAUCCAUGUCACCCGAGUGGAGGAAGGGGGCUGGUGGGAAGGCACACACAACGGCAGGACUGGAUGGUUCCCCAGCAACUAUGUGCGAGAGAUCAAGCCCAGUGAAAAACCUGUGUCUCCCAAAUCUGGAACAUUGAAGAGCCCUCCCAAAGGAUUCGAUACAACUGCCAUUAACAAAAGCUAUUAUAACGUGGUGCUACAGAAUAUUUUGGAAACAGAAAAUGAAUAUUCUAAAGAACUUCAGACUAUGCUUUCAACCUAUCUACGGCCAUUGCAGACCAGUGAGAAGUUAAGUUCAGCAAACACUUCAUAUUUAAUGGGAAAUCUAGAAGAAAUAUGUUCUUUCCAGCAAAUGCUUGUACAGUCUUUAGAAGAAUGCACCAAGUUGCCUGAAACUCAGCAGAGAGUUGGAGGCUGCUUUUUAAAUCUGAUGCCACAAAUGAAAACCUUGUACCUUGCAUAUUGUGCCAAUCACCCAUCUGCAGUGAAUGUUCUCACGGAACACAGUGAGGAGUUGGGAGAGUUCAUGGAGAUGAAAGGUGCCAACAGUCCGGGGAUUCUUGUGUUGACCACCGGCCUCAGCAAACCAUUCAUGCGCCUGGAUAAGUACCCCACUCUGCUCAAGGAGCUCGAGAGACACAUGGAGGAUUACCACCCAGAUAGACAAGAUAUUCAGAAAUCCAUGACUGCCUUCAAAAACCUUUCAGCCCAGUGUCAAGAUGUACGGAAAAGGAAGGAGCUGGAGUUGCAGAUCCUGACGGAAGCCAUCCGGAGCUGGGAGGGAGAUGACAUCAAGACCCUGGGCAAUGUCAUUUACAUGUCCCAGGUCAUGAUUCAGUGUACUGGAAGUGAGGAAAAGAAUGAAAGAUAUCUUCUACUCUUCCCAAAUAUUUUGCUUAUGUUGUCUGCUAGUCCCAGGAUGAGUGGUUUUAUCUAUCAGGGAAAGCUACCAACAACAGGAAUGACAAUCACAAAGCUUGAGGACAGUGAAAAUCAUAGGAAUGCAUUUGAAAUAUCAGGCAGCAUGAUUGAGCGGAUAUUAGUUUCAUGCAACAACCAGCAGGAUCUCCAUGAGUGGGUGGACCAUCUGCAGAAACACACGAAAGUCACAUCUGUCAGCAACCCCCCCAUUAAGCCUCAUUCUGUGCCGUCUCAUACUCUCCCCUCCCAUUCAAUCACCCCAUCCAGCAAGCAUGCAGACAGCAAGCCUGUGCCACUGACACCUACCUACCACACACUGCCUCACCCCUCCCACCAUGGCACUCCGCACACCACCAUCAACUGGGGGCCCCUGGAGCCUCCGAAGACCCCGAAGCCAUGGAGCCUGAGCUGUCUGCGACCUGCACCUCCCCUCCGGCCCUCAGCUGCUCUGUGCUACAAGGAGGAUCUUAGUAAGAGUCCCAAAACCAUGAAAAAGCUGCUACCUAAGCGUAAACCUGAGCGGAAGCCUUCAGACGAAGAGUUUGCGCUGAGGAAAAGCACAGCUGCUUUGGAAGAAGACGCACAGAUUCUGAAAGUCAUUGAAGCUUACUGCACAAGCGCCAAAACACGGCAAACACUCAAUUCAACAUGGCAAGGCACUGACCUGAUGCAUAAUCACGUCUUGGCUGAUGAUGACCAAUCAAGUCUAGACUCCUUGGGUCGUCGCAGUAGCCUUUCUCGUUUGGAGCCUUCAGACCUCUCGGAAGACUCUGACUAUGACAGUAUAUGGACAGCCCAUAGUUACAGAAUGGGUUCUACAUCUCGUUCACGUAAAGAAUCUGCUCCACAAGUUUUGCUUCCAGAAGAAGAAAAAAUUAUAGUUGAAGAAACUAAAAGCAAUGGUCAGACAGUAAUAGAAGAAAAGAGUCUUGUUGAUACUGUCUAUGCAUUGAAGGACGAAGUCCAAGAAUUAAGACAGGACAACAAGAAGAUGAAGAAAUCUCUGGAGGAAGAACAGAGAGCCCGCAAAGAGCUGGAGAAGCUGGUGAGGAAAGUUCUAAAGAAUAUGAAUGAUCCUGCUUGGGACGAGACCAACCUCUAAGGAACGUCCUUGGUUCUUUCUUAAAGACCAGUUAUGAGACCAAGUUGGGAGCCCCGUGACCCCAGCCGAUGUGAAAUUCAGGACCACAGGGCAGGGCUGAUGGAAGUUGUCUUGCUUUCUGUGCAUACAAAAGCUGGAGUUCAUCACGCAAAUAGAAACAGUCACAUUGUUCCUGAAGAACCCAAACAUGAGGUGUAGACACUGAGGGCGAACUGCAUUAAUCUUACUCUGGUAACAUCUUAAUUACCUCAUUUUGCAAUAAGUGCAGUGACUGACUACAAAUCCUGGUCUUUCAGGCUUUUACUGAAUAUAUAUAAAUAUUAUAUAUACAUGUUUCUUGUGAAUACCCCAUUUUGAAUGCGUAUCCAUGAUUGUUACAUCUGGGCUGAUACCCACGCUAGGACACCUCCCCACUAAUUUUCUGGUCCCGCGAACUAGAAGUCGUGUUAGUGCACACACGGACGGCAGAGGCACAGAGGGCGCCCGAAUGGCUUUUGGUGGAUGCCUGAGUGCUGUCCACCACCUUAGUGUCCACAGUGCUCUAAAGUUACUGCCCACUUUGGUAUGCCUAACUAAUUUAACCUUAUUUAUAGCUGCAGAGACACUUUAAUGCCAUUUGAAACUCUUCUGUUAGAGCAGUAUUGCAGUCACCAACGUGGGUGGCUCCGAGUGCCACGCUCCCGCUGACUGAAGGAGAGCCUGGGCCUCAGCCAAGAACCCGAGGGAGUCCCGCACACACCACCGUGUCCAGCUGCAGGUGCACCCUCUUGUCCACUUCUUGUGAACGCUGUGAUCAUCAGAGUGUACUUACUUACUGCACUUGGAGAGAUCAUAACAGACUUUUAUACGUAGACUAGUUUAAUAACUUGACAAAGUGCACUGUUUUGUUCUUCCCUCAAAAGAGAAAGCUUCACUAGAACCUGUAAAUAAAAUGUAUUACACAUCACUGCAGCCGAUGAAGACAAAUCGAGGUGAUGCUGGGAGCUGACCUGGCCGGGUAGGAGUUGUCAGGCCACCGUCCCUGAGCUGUGUUUGACCGUAGGGUGCAGCAAGCAUUGCUGCAGUGCUCACUGGGAAAGAGACGUGUUUCCCUCUUCCAGCAAGAGUAAAGCAAUAGCCACCUAAGAUUCCACCUAAGUGGUGAACGUUUAAAUGUGGGUUCAUUCCCGCCCCAUAUCCAAACGGCAGAGCAGACGGAGGAGGCAGCCAGUCCUACCUCUGGCUCUGCUGUCCCCCGGGCCAGGGGCUCUAGACGCCCCAGCAACCUGGGCAGGAAGAUCAGCCGUGGAGCCCAGCUUGUCCUUCUGCCUUGGAGAGAGAAUCAUGAUGUCACAGGGAACUGUUCUUUCCGUUUCCUUCUUGUGAAGAGGUCAUUUUAAAGUGAGAUAACUUCUUCAUAGAACAGGUGUAAUACCUUUAAAAAGCAAAAUCUCAGCCCUGUGCAUUAGAGACUUCUCAAAAACACCCAUUUGGCAGCAGAUGUGACAUUUUGUGAUAUUUUGUUGGUCAAGUGACCCUUUAAUUUCAUUGGAAUCUUCUGAUGCCUACAAACUGGGCAACUUGGGAGCAACUUGGUUUUCUGAUUGUUCACAGGUCUUGUUCCAUGCCCAUGCUAAUCAGUCUCUGUCCCCACCCGUCUCCCUGCCUAGGGUGGUCACUUGAGCUGGCCCCCUCCAGGCUAUAAGCUCACGUAUCUGGGACCCAGUGUUGGCCCGCCCACACUUGACCUUUCAACUUGACUUGCCAACCUUCUGUACUUAGCAUUUGUUCGUUAGUGCUAGGACUAGAGAAGUUUGUGUGUUUUUUUGGUAAGCCCUAUUUUUACAGUAGUGUUUUUGGUGAUGCAUAAGACAUUGCAGUGAAAAACAAUUAAAUUUGAGUGUACCGAAGUUUGCUAUCUUCAGCAAAUUUUACCUCAGGAACAACAUUCAUCACCUGAUCUCUCCACCGCUUUGUGACGACAGUGUUGCUGUCAGCACCCUGGACGGGUCUCUUACAGAACCUGCCUUAACUGUUGAUUAAGCGACAGGUGAGAACACGUGUGUUUUCACUGUCCCUUCCCCUGAUGGAGGGUGAAGGCUGAGAUGCCUCUGUAAUGCAUUACCUUUUCUUCCCGUGGAUCCAAUAUUUUACUAAGCUUUUUAGGGAGCAGAGAAAAUGCAUCUGAGAGCAAUUCUUUCUACAAACCUGCUCUGUUUUGUAAAUAGACUGCAUACAUUUCUCCAUGUGACCUUCUGAGGGGUUGGGGGUUAAUGGGAACAGUAAAAGGGCCACUGUUUACCCUAGGGGUCACUUCUCUGCUCUCACCUUUCAUGGACAAGGAGACCAAGCCAUUCCUACCCUGAGAUGUGAAGCACUUUCAGUCCCACAUGAUGCUGAGACGUGGCAUCAGAAGCUCUGUCCACUGUGCUUUGCGGUGCGUGUGCCUGUCCACGUGCGCCAGGGUGCCUGGGCAUCGGAGACCUCCUGGCUCUGUGUGGACCUCCUGAUGUCCCCCACUUCCUGUCUCCAGGACACACCGUCCUCAUUUGCAGCUGUGGGGACCUUCACGUCAAGGCCACACUGUCCUGGCACUGACUACUUAAUGCUACGUUGUUGUAAUUAUUAAACUGAUUAUUUUUCUUACGUU